AUGAAUUAAACAAAUACUUAAAAUGAAUCAUAAUUAACACCAAAUGAAGAUGAUUAAAAUGUACUGUUGGAGUAAAAUAAGUAUGAAUAAAGUACAAAUAAUUAGAGUUCCUUAAAUUGAGAAAUCCUUUUUUAUAAAUUAGGUUGAAUAUAAAUAUUAAGGACCUGAUCAUCCAUAAAUUGCAGAAUUAUUAGAAUUGCUAGAUGAAAAGCAAAGAAAACCUUUAUCUAAUUAGACUUUGGAAAGUAUUAGAUAAAAAAUACUGUAUUAUGAAUAAAAAUUCAAUAAAAAUUGCUCAUUUUUAGAUAAUAUGUUUUAGAUAUCAUUUUACUAUAUUUUGACAAUUAUUGUUUAUAUGAGCAUAUAUUUUACAUAUUUAGCUAGUGUGAUUGUAUGACUUGGUUUAACUAUAAUUAGUCUUUAGAAUCAGAUGAUAUAAUCGUUAAGAAUUCAACAAAAUUAAAUAUUGUAUAAUAAUUACCUGAAUUUGGAAUAAUGAUAACAAGUUUAACGUUAGCGUAAAUUAAUAUAUAUAUAUAUAUAGAAUAAUCAUAAUAAAGAAUUCAAUAAUCUUAUUAUUAUUAUUUGUUUUUGGAUGCUUAUUUCCAGGAUUUUAUUUAUUUUAUGUAUAUCUUGAUGUAUUUGAUAUAAAUAAUAGUGCAAUUGAUUAUGAUAUGGUUUUAUUUUUAAGUGCAUUAAUAAUUUCUAUUUUGAAUGGUAUUGUUGUUUCUGUGAUUCAAUAAAUAGUUGAAAAUAUGUACAAUUAAUUAAUUGGUGCUAUAUUUUCAAGUGGAUGGUGUUUAUUUAUAAUAUACUUAUUAGGAUUUUUAAUAUUUACAUAUGUGAUUGGUUUGGAAGUAAUAACUGCUGAAAAAGUGAUCAAUUAUAUAAUAAAUUCUUUAUACAUUCCAAUAUUUGUAUCAAUAACCUUUUCAUAUUUUAUGAUAAAUACAAGAUUGUUUGAUUGGCCUGUAGGUAUUAUUAAAACAGCAUUAGAUAGGAUCAAAAUAAAAAUAUUGAAAUAAUAAAUUUAAAAAGAAGAAUAGUAAUCUUAAAAAAUAAUAUAGAUUACAACUUUAAUUUCUAAAUUAGUAAUAUAUUCAAUUGGGGCAGCAUAUAUAACAAUGGAAAUUAUAUUUUAUAUUUUGUUAGCUUCUGAAUUAAAAUAAUCUAAAGUAGAUUAUACAACAAUUAUUACAUUGUCAUUAGAAUUAAUAAUAAUUCCAUUAUAUUUAUUUUUAGGUGUUUUUAUAUCUGUAAGUGAUAGAAAACCAUAAUAUACAUAUUUAGUUGUGCCUUUAGUUAUAGGGGCACCUAUAAUUUUUGGAUUCUUAAAAUUGGGUGAUUAUUUAGAAUAUGAAAAAGAUAUAACUAAUUUUACAGAAAUUCUAUAUUAUUGUCCAUUAUUUGUGAAUAUUCUUUGGUUGUCAUUAACAUUAAUGGGAUUGGAUAAAAGAAGAUUAUUUAUUAAUUCAUUAGGAUUUGUCUGUUUUUUCAUUGCAAUUCCAAUUGGUGUAUUUUUACCACUUUAUAAUCUAUAUUAAUAUUCAUCUUUAUAAAUAAUUGCAUAUAUUUUUAUAGGAAUAGGAAUGAUAAUGUUAUUAUUGGUAUUAUUUUAUUUUUUUUUCUAAUCACUUAAAGCUAUUAAAAGAGCAAAGGAAUUAGCUGAUUAAAUAAUUCCAACUUUUGAUGAAUUUAAAUAUUAUAAUUUAACUGAUUUAGCAUUUUGUAUAAAUUCAGUUUGUUUUUUAUUAUCUUACUUUAUAAUAAGUUAUUUUUUUUGGUAUAUAUUUGAUUAAAAUAAUACAGCAACAGUUACAGAAGGUGCAACUAUGUUUGCUAUUAUGGCCAUUACACCUAUAUUAUUUGUGCUUAUAAAUAUAGCACUUGGACAUAGAUCUUUAGAAUUAACAUAUGAAUUUGCUUAAGAUAUAAAGGAAUUAUAAAAAUUAGAAGAAUAAAAGAAUAGAAAGAGAAUUUAGAAAAGAUUUUAUUAAAAUACAGCAGUUUGUUGUGGAAUAUUGAUACCAUUAUUAUUGUUCAUUCCAAUUUCUUUAAUAAUAUCAGAUGAGAGAGCUUCUAUAUUUUUUAAUGCAUUAGCAAUUGGUGUUCCUGUAUGUUUUUUAAUUUAUAAAUUCCUUGUUACAAUUAAAAAUUAAUCAAUUGCAUUUGAAGAUUUCUUUUAACCUUUUAUUAGUUCUUUAUUAUGGUGCUGUGUUAUUUUUCCAUUUGGAGUAAUAGUACCUACAUUAGCAGUAUUUUUUAAUAAUGCAGAUUCAACAUUUUAAUAUUUUGCAUAGGGAGCAGUUGGAUUAGGAUUAUUUGUAUGUAUGAUUGGAGUUACAGGGACAUCAUUAUUUUUAUCUUUGUUAUUGAAUAGAGAGGAAUUUGAAAGAAAGAAAAGAGAAAUCUUAAAAAAAGUAUUAGAAAUGUUAAGAGAGAAUCAUGUUCUUAGUGAUAUAAGUGUUGUUGGAAUUUUAUAUAUGAAAUAUUUAAAUAAAUUGUAAAUAAUUUAUACAAAAUUAAAUAUAAUAAAGAAUUAGUCAUAAAGAAAGAAAUAGAAAUAAGAAGAAUUUAAAUAAUUAAAAUAAAUUUUGAUAGAAAAUUUAAUUUAAGGAGAACCUGUAAAUGUAAUAAAAUAUGAUGGACCAGAAUUAGAAUAUGAUCAUAAAUUAGUAAGCAAAAAUGUUUAUUAAGAAUAUCUUACAUUAUUAGAAUAAGAAUUAUUAAAUUAAUAAAAGAAUAUAAUUUAAGAAUAGGAAUUAACUGGAUUAAAAAAGUAUAUAAUGGAUUGUUUGUGUUGUAGAUGUGGUUUAGAAGAAAUGAAUUAAUUAGAAAAUUAAAAGAAUGUUGAAAUAAUUAAAUUAAGAGAUAUAUUAAGUAUGGAUGAAGAAACUGGAUAAAAAAUGAAUGAUUUAAUUCCAUAAUUCAAUUCUUUUUAUAAAAUUGCUGAAGAAAAUGAUACACUUCUUAAAAAGAUAGAAUUUCAAUCUGAAGAUUAAUAAUUAAUCUAUAAAUAAAAGUAUAAACCAAUUUAAGAAAUAAAAAGUGAAAAAACAGAUAAUCUUAAUUAAAUUUAAAUAAAGAAAUUGAAUGAUAAAGCAUUAGGAAAUAUUAAAUCAUCAGAUUAGUAUUUUUCAUUAUAAUAAUCAGAUUAAAUGAUUGCAGAUUUUAUGCAUGAAGUAUUUAUGGAAUUUGCUAAUAAUGAAUAAGGUUUAGAACCUACUAUUUGUUUUAGUGAUUUAUAAUAAUUUUGUAGAUUAACUGAAUUACAUUUUGAUUUAAUUGAUUAUGAAAAAUAUGCUAAGACUAUAUGGAUAAAUUAAACUUAUAGUUUAAAUGAAUCAUAAUUUGCUGGUUUAAUAAAAGGAAUGAUUAAAGAUUAUGAUGGUGAUAUAUUUGAUAAUUUAAAAUUAUUAGUACUUGAUCAUAUAUAUCCAUAAUUAAUCACAUCAAUGAAAUCUUUAAUGAUAAAUUUUAAAUACUCAAAUAAAAAAGUAUUAUAAAAUAAUAAAAAUUAAAUUAAUCCAUUCGAAAGAUAAAAUUUUAUUUCAAAUAAUGUUUAAACAGAAUUCUCAAAAUUUGAUGCAAUUAAAAUUAAAUAAUCAUAUCAAGAAGAAAUGAAUAAUUAAUCUAAAAUCUAUUAAAAUAAUAAUUAAAAUAAAGUUGUAAAAUUAUCAAAAAAAUAAAAAGAAUAAUAAUAUGAUUAGAGUAAAUAUUAAAUAGAAUAAGAUUAUGCAUAAAAAUUAUCUUGUUAUAAAAGAUGCUGUUAUUAAUGUACUGAUUGGUUUAGAAUUAAUUUCAUUCAAAAAUACUUUCCUAAUUUAGCUGCUGCUUAAUAAAAAUCAAAAAUUAAAAAAAAUUAAAUUCUUGAUCAUAAAAGAUAAAGAAUGUCUGAUUGGAAAUUUGUUGCUAAAUUAAUUAUUGAUACAUUAUUUGAAGCAACUGAAGAAUAUGAAAAAAAUCUAAUUAAUUAAUAAUAAAAAUCUAUAGAAUUUAAACUUACUUCUAGUAAUAUACUUGCUUUGAUAUUUAAAUUAUAUGAUAUGUAUAGUUUAGCUAGUGUAGCUUAUAAUCCAUAAGUAGGAUGGUUUGGAAGUACUUCUAUAUCUGGAUCAGAUACAAUUAGUGGAUCAGCAUUCUAUGAUAGUUAUGAUUUCUUUUUUUAUUUCUCUUUAGGAAUAUCUAUUCUCUAUGGACUUUUAGGAUCUCUUAGUUUAAAUGCUGUACAAAAGAAUACUUUCGGAUAAGAUGAAAAUGGCAAUCUAGCAAGAUUCCCACAUAUUCAAUUCAUUCUUCCAAGAGUUAUCUCCAUUUUAAGUGGUUUCUUUAUGACAGUAAUGAGAACAUUCAUGGAUGCUUAUAUUUGUGAUUAUAGUGAUUUACCAUAUAAAUUUGCUAGAAAUACUUCAAUUGAAUGUUUAUCAACUAAUCAUUACAUUUAUAUGGGUUUUGGAUUAUUAGGAGUAGGGAUCUAUUAUCCUUUAUCAACAUAUUUAUAACCUACUUUUUAGUUUAGUGAUCAUUCAUUAGAUUUAAAGUAUAAAUCCACUUACAUCAUAUUAUAUGUCUAAGCAAAACUAUUGAUUAUGGGUUUAAGUUCAUUUUUUAAUACUUUAGAUAGUUCAUUUGAAUAUUAAAUGUUAUUCUCUAUUGGAAUCUUAAUAAUUGUUCUUGCAUUUCACUUUAAAAUGGAACCUUGUUUUGUUAAAUGGUAUAAUUUAAUAGAAUAGAUGUUAAUUUUAAUUAUCAUAUUUAUUUAUACAGGUGCUGUGAUUAUCAUGAUGACUGGUAAUAAUAUAAUUGGUAUUAUAUUUACUUUGGUUGCCAUUCUUAUAGGUUUCCUUUUCAUAGCAUUUUAUAUCAAAAGAUCAGUAUAUCGUAAUAUAAAUAUAUCAAGGGUAACUCCACAAGAAAAUCUAUCAAGUAUAAAUUUAAAUAUAUCUUAGUCAUUGAAACAAAACCAAUUCCAGAAGAAAACAGACUUAAUAUUUAUGAUCUGAUUGCAGAAUCAUAAUUUGCUUAAGAAUAACAAAAGAAAACAAAAAAGAAAAUAAAUUAAACUUAAGAUUUAUAGGAUUAAUACCCAAAUUUUGAUAUGACAAUUGGAGGCAAUAAUAAAAGUAGUAAUUCAUAGGAAUUAAUUAAAAUCAAAGAUGAAAUUAAUAUAGAUCCUAUUUAAGUAAAUAAAUCAAAUUUAUCCAAAUUAAGAUUAUGA